UCAAUUAUAAGGGGUCCUUUCUUCUUAUACCACAUUUUCUUGAAUUAUUGUUAAGCCUUUCAUUCAUCUUAUUCGCUCUUCUUGUGUCCUUCCUUGGCUUUCUCUCAGUUCUCUGCUUUCUACUCUCUAAUCUCCCUUUCUCGCGCGAGUAUGGAUGUGCUACAAGGUCUCAUCACUUAUCCGGUGGAGGGAAUACUGAAGUCGGUCGGUUCGCUUGCUGCUCAAGAAAUCUGUCUUUUCCGAGGAUUUUAAAAAAGAAGCAACUGAGCUUGCUGUAUCGUUAGAGGAAAUUGAACAGUACUUAGGCGAUGUUGCCCACCAACCACAGGAUCGGAGCAUGGCAGUCAGAAACUGGGUCAAGAAACUGAAAGACGUAGCUCACGAUGCCGAUGACGUCUUGGAGGACAUCAACUACGACGUUCUCCGGCGUAAAGUAGAAAUUCAAAACCACAUGAAGAAGAAGGUACUUGACUUCUUUUCGCUUUCCAAUCCCAUUUUAUUUCGUCAAAAGAUGGCACAAAAGAUUAAGAACAUCAAUGCGUCACUGGCGGGUCUCAAGAGUGAGGCACCUUCCAUUGGCUUAGUUGUAAGGCCAGUAGAUCAUAGCCCUCCUCCAAUUAUGAGGAACAGAGAAACUGACUCGAGCUUCGGUCAGUAUGACAAGAUCAUUGGAAGGGAGAAAAUUGUGUCGGAUAUCAUUAAAAUCUUGAUGUCCAAGAAUCAGGAAAAUAACCUUUCGGUUAUGGCCGUUGUGGGAAUGGGAGGACUCGGAAAGACGACUUUGGCAAAAUCAAUAUUCAAUCAUGAUGCUAUUCGUACGCCUUUUGUUGAAAAAAUGUGGUUGUGUGUAUCCGACACUUUUGAGGUUAAUUCGAUUCUAAAUCGGAUGUUAGAAUCCCUUAACUCAAACAGGACAGGACUUACAACUCGGGAAGCAUUGCUGAAUGACCUCAAAGAAAGGUUGACAGACAAGAGAUAUAUUCUGAUACUUGAUGAUGUUUGGAAUGAAGAGAAGAAUUUUUGGAGGGAGUUUAUGGACUGUUUGUCGAAACUCAAUUCAGGUCCCGGAAGCAUUGCCAUUGUUACUACCCGUAGUGCUAAGGUUGCAUCAAUCACUGAGACAAUGCCGAGGUGUGAUUUGAAGGGCCUAUCGGUGGAGGAUUGUUGGUCUGUAUUAAAGGGUGAAGCAUUACCAGAUGGUAAUGCUUCUUCUCUAGAUUCAGAUCAAGAGUGCAUUGGAAGGGCCAUAGCUAAAAAGUGUGCUGGUGUACCAUUGGCGGCGAAGAUAUGUAUUCAUAUAUUAUUAUAUUAAGGUUUUUAGAUAGAGGCCCAAAAUCAUAGGCUACAUUUUAAGUGAGUCCAAUUAUGUUUUUUUGUUCGAACUACUACUAUUUAUGCC